CAUGGCCGAGCCGGGCGCGAUCCCGCCGCUCGCGCUCGCGGUCUUCACAGCCAGCGCCGCGUGCGCAGCCACCUUUGCCAACUUCGCGCUCCUUGCCGCACUCUUCAAGACCACGAAAAACGGGCUUUUCUACAUCCUCAUACAACUGGCCGUAGCUGACAUCCUGCUGCUGGGCACAUCGUUAUGGCUGGAGAUUUGGUCCUCAAACACCAAGACAUGGAUCUUCGGAACCGGCAUCUGUAUAGCGUAUCGCGGACUGAGUGUCUUCGCUUCCUCGGCCUCCUUGUACCUGGUCAUCACUGUGACGUUCCACACGCUGGCCACCAUCAAUCUAGAACAGCGAACAGCACAGAAGAACAAGAGAAGCGAUGACGACGAAGAAAUAAAGUGUUCCAGGCACAGUUUAGUAGCCAGCGACACUUCCACACCUCGGACGAUGAAUGUAGAUUAUGGUCUCGUAAAAACGAAGGUCCCGAUCGCUCUCCCGACUGCCUUCGUGUGGACCCUCGCUGCGUCGCUAAGCGUACCUGAAUUUAUUCUAUCCACGACAGUCAAAAACGAAAACGACCUGAUAGAAUGUACUCUACAGGACUCCAGUCACAAGCGCUACAUGCAUUCGAUGCUCUCCAUUUUCAACUUGUUCCUCCCACUUCUGAUUUUGUCGACCAGUUUCGCUCUCAUCGUUUGCAAAUUAAGAAGCAAAAAAAAGUUAAUAAGAAACGAUGCCAACGAUUCAGUUGCAGCACUAAAAUUGUCGCUCAGUCUUAUUGUGGUAUACUUUUUGUUUAGUGCCCCCCGCUCACUAUUCUACGCAUAUGGACUGCAUGCAAUGUACAAUAAUGAUUUACAAAUUAUUCAUAGUCCUUUGUCAAUUAACUUAAUAUUAUGCGCUGCAAAUCUGCUCGCAUGUCUCAUAAGACCUCUAUUGUGUAUAAUUUUAACGCCAAAGCUAAGAAAAUAUUUCGUAUUUUAUUCAAAUGGUUCAACAGCUGAUGUAUGAAAUUUAAUAUUGGAAUUGAUUACUUACAUUCUAAUAAUUUUAGUGCAUGCCUGCAUUGUACCCGACUGCUCAUAAACAGGUUUACCUAUGUUAGAAGUUAGA